AUGUUUAAAAAGUAUCUUUUGCUCCUCGCUACCCUCCACUCUGUCUGGGCAGUGUCUAAUGACCCGCACGGCCAUGGAAAUAGAAUUGUUCAAGCUCGAACUGGCACCUUCGUUGGAGAUUAUAAUGACACGUACCCUGAUGUUCGGCAAUUCAAAUAUGUUCCCUAUGCAAAGCCUCCAGUAGGCUCUCUACGGUGGAAGCCUCCCCAGCACCUUGAUAACUCCCACGAACUCAUCGAUUCAACAACAUUCGGCCCAGCAUGCUCCCAGUACGUCAGCGCUAUCCCAACUGUAUGGGCACUUAACAUCACCGGAAACCUUGUCGUGAACUAUGGCGAGAGCUUGCUUGCUGGGCAAGUUGCGCAGAACUCCGCUGAAGACUGUCUCAGUCUUGCCAUUUGGACACCUGCCUCAGCCACUCCAGAGUCAAAACUUCCGGUCAUAAUAUUUCUCUCUGGUGGUGGUGAUGUGACAGGAGGUAUCAAUAUACCUACUCAACUUCCCUCAAACUGGGUUCAUCGUUCUCAGAAACACAUUGUUGUAACCACAAAUUGGCGAGUAAAUAUUUUCAGCUAUCCCAAUGCUCGCGGGUUAAAUGGCGGCACCAAUUUUGGGCUUCUUGACCAGCGUGCCGCCGUCGAGUGGGUUGCUGAAAACAUUGCCGCAUUUGGUGGUGAUCCAUCCAAGAUCACAUUAUGGGGUCAGUCUGCUGGGGCUGGAGCGGCAGAUAUGUAUCUGUUCUCUUAUUAUAAGGAUCCGAUCAUUCGCGCUUCUGUCUCAAGCUCUGGGGUAGCGACCGGUCGGACGACUAAUUUGGAUUACUCUGGAACUAACUUCACCUUUGUUGCGAAGUCGCUUGGUUGCGAUUUUGAGGAUGCUCACCUUGAACUGGAGUGCAUGAGACGGGUUCCGAUGCCACGGAUAGAGAAUUUCGUUGGACAGUAUCAAGAUAACUCGACAUUGGUCAACACAAGCCAAGCUUCUAUAGCAUUCACGAGACAAAUUGACAAUAAAACACUCUUUUCAAACUACACCGAUCGGUAUAUAAAAGGUCAGGUAGCACACAUUCCCAAGAUGAUUGGAACUACGGCCCGUGAAGCAUCUGCUUUGGUAGCCUAUCCUAUCCACAACUAUACUGCUGGGCCAAGCGAGCAAGAAAUCUACACCAAUACCCUUAGUACCGUCUGUGCUGCACACAAUACCACUAUUCUUCGAAACGACGCAGGUCUUUCAACAUAUCGGUACGAAUGGGCGGGGAAUUUCACCAAUCUUGGAGGUGGUGUUCCAUGGCUAGGGGCAUAUCAUUACUCGGAUCUUUACAUGUUGUUCGGGACUUACCUAAUAAAUCCACUUCCGAGUACUGAAUUAGAGGCCCAGACAUCGGAACGUAUGCAGGACUAUCUGCUUGAUUUCAUCACGAAUCCCACGUCUAUGCAAUCGAAUGGAUGGCCAGCGUAUAAUGUUUCAGAAAGUGGUGGCGGGACGCUUGCUCAGUUUGGUGCCGAUGGCCAGGUAGUUAAAUUUGUGGAAGGCAAAAGCGUUGAAGGAGCUUGCUAUAUCCCUGGUGUCAUCUACGAUACAACCCCUUGA